ACUCGAGUGCUGUUUCUGUAGUGGCCAUGGCCGGUGAGGUUGCAAACAACCAGCUCUGGGGUGUGGCUGUGGUGCUUUUUAUGAGUGCCUUGUGCUGUUGUAGCGCUCAGCAAGUUCCUUGCUACUUCAUUUUUGGUGACUCUUUAGUUGACAAUGGGAAUAAUAAUCAACUUUCUUCUUUGGCUCGCGCUGAUUACCUCCCAUACGGCAUCGACUUCCCCCGCGGCCCUACCGGAAGAUUCUCCAACGGCAAGACCACCGUUGAUGUCAUUGCGGAGUUGUUGGGGUUUAAUGGCUACAUCCCUGCCUAUUCCAACACGAGAGGCCGAGACAUACUUAGCGGCGUGAACUAUGCGUCUGCAGCAGCUGGCAUCAGGGACGAAACUGGCCAGCAACUGGGAGACCGGAUUCCCUUCAGUGGUCAAGUAAGAAAUCACCAAAACAUCGUCCAACAGAUAGUAAACAUCCUUGGAGAUGAAAACACAGCUGCUGAUUACUUGGGCAGGUGUAUAUAUUCUGUUGGAUUGGGUAGCAAUGAUUACCUUAACAACUAUUUCAUGCCCCAAGUCUAUUCGACUAGUCGUCGAUUCUCGCCCGAUCAAUACGCUCAAAUUCUCAUUCAGCAGUACACUCAACAAUUAUCGAUCAUGUAUGACAAUGGAGCAAGGAAGUUUGUGCUGUUUGGAGUGGGGCAAAUUGGGUGCAGCCCAAAUGCACUGGCGAAUAGCCCAGAUGGGAGAACUUGUAACCAAGGCUACAACUCUGCGAACCAGAUGUUUAACAACAGGCUGAAGGGGCUGGUGAAUCAACUCAAUAGAGACCAGCCUGAUGCAAGAUUCAUCUACGUUGACUCCUAUGGGAUUUUCCAAGAUAUCAUAAACAGCCCUUCAUCUUUUGGUUUUAGGGUCACAAAUGCUGGGUGCUGUGGGAUUGGGAGGAACAAUGGGCAAAUAACAUGUUUGCCUUUCCAAACCCCAUGUCCUAACAGAAGAGAGUAUCUAUUUUGGGAUGCCUUUCAUCCAACUGAGGCUGGGAAUACCAUUAUUGGAAGAAGAGCUUACAGCGCUCAAAGACCCUCCGACGCUUACCCUAUUGACAUUCGUCGCCUCGUUCAACUCUAGCUUAAAUCCAAACUUAUAUAAUUUAUGCAAUCUAAGUUGGAAGAGUCUGCCCUUUCCUUUAAUUGCUUAUAUCUCCUUUCCUUUUAUCAAUGAGAAUGAAAUGUAUUAUAUAUUAGCUGAACAACACUUCCAGCAUCCUGUUCUUUGCUUUCAAAGCUAACUUCAUUGUAUCAUAAUUAGAAGCA